GGAGGACCAGAGUCUAAUGCAAGCACUGGACCAAGUCUACAAGGAGGCACGGCUCGAACUUAUUCCCGGCCAGCUGAAGAAGGCAUUGGAGCUGAAUGAACAGCUGAGACAACGCAUGGGUGUAGUCAUCGUUGGGCCAAGUGGAGCGGGGAAGUCUACGCUCUGGAGGAUGCUCAGGGCCGCUCUCAGCAAGACAGGCAAAGUGGUGAAGCAGUACACAAUGAAUCCUAAAGCUAUGCCCAGACAACAGCUGCUGGGUCAUAUAGACAUGGACACCAGAGAAUGGGCUGAUGGCGUCCUCACACACAGUGCCAGGAGUGUUGUCAGAGAACCACAGGGGGUGAGCUCAUGGAUUGUGUGCGACGGCGACAUCGACCCAGAGUGGAUUGAGAGUCUCAACUCUGUGCUUGAUGAUAAUCGGCUGCUGACCAUGCCUAGUGGAGAACGCAUCCAGUUUGGACCCAAUGUUAACUUCCUGUUUGAGACUCACGACCUUAGCUGCGCCUCACCAGCCACCAUCUCCCGCAUGGGAAUGAUCUUUCUCAGUGAUGAGGACAUUGAUGUAGGGGCCUUGGUGAAGUCGUGGUUGAAGGGACAGCCAGAGGAUUGUCGCAGUAAUCUAGAAAGCUGGCUGGGAGACUACUUCCAACGGGCCCUGGACUGGGUCCUCAAACAGAAUGACUUUGUGGUGGAGACUAGUCUGGUGGGUACAGUGUUCAAUGGCCUGUCACACCUUAAUGCUGUGUCCGAGAGAGGUCAGUUUAUCGUUGGUCUUCUCAGGGGUUUGGGAGGAAACCUGAACUUCAAAACAAGACAGGAGCUGGCCAAAGAGUUGCUGAGCUGGGCCAGGGAAAGCCCACCAGACACCAAAAGACCUUUGGAUACCUACUAUGACUCAGAGAGCGGACAUCUAGCUGCUUAUACAUUUCAUCGUCCCGACGGUCUCUCGCUGGAACAGCUCUCUCAUUCACACACACUGCCUGUUAUUGAGACCCCAGACAUGCAGAGGGGUCUGCACUGCUUCUCCCCGUGGCUCACCACUCAGCACAGGCAGCCCUUUAUGGUGGUGGGGCCGGAGGGCUGUGGAAAGGGGUAA